AUUGAACUUAAUAGUCAGAUUUAUUUUUCUCCUAUUUGUCAUUAUAGUUUCAAUCGUAUGCCUUUUUUUGGGUUACGCAUGUUCAACACUUACAUCUGCUGUAUGAUAUCAUUUUCUUUCAAAGUUAUCACUAAAUUACUUUUAUUAUAUUUAAUUAUUUUUGGUGUUUUUCAGAUGCAGACCUCGUUUCAAGAUAUCCGAAAAUUUUCUGAAUGCGAUUUGUCGCUCGAACAGAAACUAAAAAUUUUAAACUUCAUGAAGAGAUUUGGAAAAGCGUCAUUAUGUUUGUCAAUAAAAGGAUACUUCAAUGUUACAAAAAAAUUUCCAGUCAAGAUGGCCAACGCUCUCCAUUCCAUAUUUUCUGGUCUUCUGAAACUCAGAUCGUCUACUAUGCAGACCUCGUUUCAAGAUAUUCGAAAAUUUUCUGCAUGCGAUUUAUCGCUCGAACAGAAACUAAAA